AAGUGUAUCCUCCUUUCUCUUCACUCCCCAUCAUAUCCAUUCCAAACUACAAAUUAUAGCUUAUAAAGAUCAUAUCUGCACUUUGAAAUAUAUAGUCCUCCUUUGCAUCAAAAACCUCGUCAACUUAACCUUAUUUUGAAUUUGAAAUAUUAGCCAAAAGAAAAAAGCCCUGCAGCUAGCCUUCAGAAAGGAACAUAAAAUGGGAGUUCAAGGCACUCUGGAGUACUUCUCUGAACUACUUAGCAGUGUCAAGAAGAAGAAGAAAAAGAAGCAAAUGACAACCGUUGCGCUCAAAAUCAGGAUGGACUGUGAUGGCUGUGCUCGUAAGGUCAAGAAAGUUCUUUCCGGCGUCAAAGGAGCUAAAUCGGUGGAUGUGGACUUGAAGCAGCAGAAAGCGACAGUAACGGGGUUUGUGGAGGCGAAGAAAGUGCUGGCGACGGCACAGACAACAAAGAAGAAGGUGGAGCUGUGGCCGUACGUUCCAUACAGCUUGGUAGCGAAUCCUUACGUUUCUCAAGCUUACGACAAGAAAGCGCCUCCCAAUCAUGUUAGGAAAGUUCCGGUCACUGCCACCAUCAUGGAGACCACCAUGGACGACCACUACACUACCAUGUUCAGCGACGAGAACCCUAAUGCCUGCUCCAUCAUGUAAAUUGAAAAAACAAAUUAAAAUAGAUGUAUGUUGUAAAUUAAACUUUUUAUAACGGGAUUGACCCUUGCAGGUUGUGUGUUAAGUUUUCCUUCCGUUUGUGGUUGGUGUUAUUUGCUAGCUUUUUUAUAACGGGAUUGACCCUUACUAUCAUCUAAAUUCAUGUGUGAUUGCAUUAGACUUGAUCACUUAUGUAAUGGAAGAGAAAUAAUAUCUUCAAUUAAAU